AUGUGGAUACGCUCAUCAUUUUCGAGUCUAUCUGCUAAAUUGAAAUCCAUCAAAGGCAUAACACUGAAUGUAGCCAACAAAGUUUACAUUCAAGAGGGGGGUUAUGAUUUAAAUCCAGAAUUAAAAAAUGAUGCUAUUAAAGUAUUUGAUGCUGGGCUUGAAAAAUUAGACUUCGCUGAGAGUUCUGCUGCUUGUAGUGAGAUCAAUCAAUGGGUGGAGAGCAAGACCAAUAACCGCAUCAAGGAUCUAUUGAAGCCGGACAAUGUUAAUAGUGAUACCCGUCUAGUUCUUGUCAAUGCAUUGUUCUUUAAGGGAACAUGGAGUAAGCAAUUUGAUGCGGCCAAUACUAUAGAUCAGCCUUUCCAUAUUGAUGAGUCUAACACUGUUGAUGUUCCUAUGAUGUAUUUGGAAGACAGAUUUAUGUAUGGUGAAAGCCCCGAGCUUGGAGUACAGCUCCUUCAAAUGUACUAUGCGGGUAACGAAGCAAGCAUGCUUAUUGUAUUGCCUAAAGAAAUAAAUGGCUUGGACGGUGUUUUGAAAAAAUUAGCCGAUGGUUUUGAUCUCAUGGCUGAGGUGGACAGAAUGUUGGAAACUAAAGUCCGUGUCAACAUUCCCAAGUUCAAGAUUGAAUCUGAAAUCAAUCUUAAUGAGCUUCUUCCUAAGCUCGGAAUCGGAUCUAUUUUCGACAGCGGUAACUCGGGUAUCGACAAAUUAUUGGACAACGGCGAACUCUUGUACGUAUCGACUGCUGUUCAGAAAGCAUUUAUUGAAGUGAACGAGGAAGGCGCUGAAGCGGCAGCUGCCACAGGCAUGGUGAUGAUGAUGCGGUGUGCACCGAUGCCGCCGAUGGACUUCCGCGCCGACCGGCCCUUCCUCUACGCGCUCUUGGACGCCGCUAGAACUACGCUCUUCAUUGGUUACUACCGCGCCAACUAAUGGUCCCUAUCACGUCAACAUUACAGUUCAAGCCAACAUAAUGAUACCGUUUAAAACAUACAUAUACGAGUAUACCUAUUCGUUCUUUAUCGUAAAAUAAGUUUAAAUCAAUAUACGCCAUGAUAAACUUAUUAUUAAUUUAAUAUUAAUGUAGUCAUAAACAGGAAAUAAAAUUGUUGCAUUUGACAAUUUAAUGUAAAAAAUAUUUGUUACAAUCAAUUAACGUAUAAACCAUAAUUAAAUUAUUAAAAUUCAAUUGCGAGUGUAGUUAUUAAAACUUGAAUAUCAAUGCGUACGCGUACCUUCAUACAGAUAACUUUACAAUCUUGUGAGAAAUUCUGAAUUAAAUAAAACAUGUAUGUUAUUGUAUGAUUACAUAUAAGCUUUCUACACAAUAUGUUAUAUGCUUUUAAUGUUUUAUAAUCAAUAUCUCAUUGUUGUCACAUAAACUGUUUCCUCGAAAUAAUUUAGGUGUUCCAUUUAAAUGCAAAAUACACGUAGUCGACGUGUAAAAAUCGCAGACAAAAUUCAUAUUCAAAUUCUCUUUAACUAGGACAUGUUUUUCUUAUUUCAUCGUUGUUGUUCCUAAACACAUUUUUAUAAAAAAUUUCAUGCCAUUUAAACACUCGUACGCUUGUAAAGUGAUUUCUUUGACUACGAUACACGACACAUCAUCUUUUUUAUCUUCACAUAGUAAUAGAAUAUCGGGUUUUGACUGUGUGCUUGU